AUCGUUAUAAAUUUAAUACUGUAGAUUAAAUAGACGCUCAUCACUUUUGACAGCUCUGAAAAUGUAAAACCAGGAACCGGAAGUCUGGAAUAAACGGCGCUGAUCGGUGAUUUACCCGCGUAGUCACAACAGCUGGCCGACAAUGGCGGAGUGGCAAAAGAUGAAGACGACACAUAGAUAGGAGAGAUCACCGUAACCCACCGCUCGGAGCUGGAGUGCUGGACUGACCAAUCGAACUUCAGGAACGGGGGAUUCCGCCACUGCUUCACAACCGGAAUGCACGUUCGGCACCUUCUGAUUUAAGCCGCACCCCGGAAAGGGUUAAAGCCGCUGACUUGGAAGCUGGUUCCUUGGCAAUUUGUUGGAUUUGCUUCGAAUCUGUAGUAAACGGCGAGAAUGUCAUAUCUCCAUGUUUAUGCAAGGGUUCGCAACAGUUUGUGCACCGUCAAUGUCUAAACUCUUGGCGGUCCAUAAGAGAGGGAUUUGCAUUUUCAAAUUGUACUACCUGCCGGGCUCCAUAUCAUCUGUGUGGGAAUUCUCCCCACACAGCCGAGACUCCCAAUUAAUGAAGCGUCUGGCCCAAAUACGAGAUAAAAUACGUGGAUGUUUUAACAACUUGAAUGACACCAUUAUGGGCCUCAGUGCUAGGACCAUUAAUGGGAAGGUAUGGGACAAGAUUAGAGAAUGGAUGGGACUUGGGCACGAAAUGACUACUCUGCUUAGCUCAAUCAAAUGGAUCACGAAGACCCACAAAGGGUCAACAUUGAAAGCAAAAGCGGCAAGACUUGCGUUCUGUGCAUCGGUCUACUAUAUUUGGCAUACAAGAAAUGAGAACUUAUUUGAUGAUGGAACAAAAACAGAGGAUAAUGUGAUAGCAAAGGUCAAGCAUAUGCUGAUUGGGGUUUUUGGUGCCCUUGUAAGUUUCAUGGAUAGAGAUGGAAGUUUUCAGGAUGCAUUUAAUGACUCUUGGAAGCAAAUGAUUUCUAGACAUCCAGUUUGCUUCUAUUACAGCACAGGAACAAUUGUGGUUUUUCUUCUUGCUGGGAUUAUUGGUUUUGCAUAUUAUUUAUGGGCAAUCGACACUGAGAAGAGGGAAGAGUUCCGGAUUGCAUGUUUGGGUUGGAUUAUUUUGGAAUGUGUUUUGACAUCAUCAAAAACAUUCAUUCCUCUGGCUCUUGCUUUAAUAUCCGCCUUUACUAUUUUUGGUGUUGCAUAUGGUUUCUUUUUGGGCACAUUGGCCUUCCAUAAAAGCUGGCAGAAACACCGUGAUGUUCUCUCAAAGCGAUGCCUUACAGAGGAGUACGUAGUGGAGGAUCUUCAUGGCUAUUACUUUGCACCGCCAAAAUUGGAUCCUGAACAUGAAGAACGCUUGAGAGCACUUAAACUUAUGUAGGCAUGCAAAGUUAAGUGAUUUUCUCUUUGAAAAUGUGAUUGAUUUGUCUGCAGCAGCCGAUUAGUUGUUUAAGUUUACCUAUUUUGACAUGGUUACUUGGUUAGUUCAUAGAGAGGGGGGGGGGGGGGUUGACAACCUGUUUAUGUCAUAUCCUGGUUCUUGCCAGUGAGCCUUUCCCUUUCAUAGAGUUAUAGAUGGUGAUGAUGAAUAUUACUUUGUAAAUAACAACCUGUUUGACAACCUGUUUAUGUCAUAUCCUGGUUCUUGCCAGUGAACCUUUCCCUCUCAUAGAGUUAUAGAUGGUGAUGAUGAAUAUUACUUUGUAAAUAACAAUGCACCCAUUUGUAAUGUUUUGUUUUGUAUUGAACAAAUAGAAAGUCAUUUAUCAUGGCAGUGUCUUAAUAUUUGAAAUUGCAAUUGAUGUCUCA